UCCUCUCUGCGUCUGAGACGGGCUGCAGACAUGGAGGCGCAGCGGAGCUUCUUCCGGAAGGUGGACGUGCCGGACCACGCACACUACAUCGUGGCCUUCUUCGUGCUGAUCAUCGGCGCGCUGGGGGUGGCGGGGAACGCACUGGUCAUCUUCGCCUUCUACAGCAACAAGAAGCUCCGGACCGUGCCCAACUAUUUCAUCAUGAACCUGGCCGUCAGUGACUUCCUCAUGGCCAUCACGCAGUCCCCCAUCUUCUUCAUCAACUGUCUGUACAAGGAGUGGGUGUUCGGCGAACUGGGGUGUAAGAUGUAUGCCUUCUGUGGGGCUCUUUUUGGGAUCACCUCCAUGAUCACCCUGUUGGCCAUCUCCAUCGAUCGCUACCUGGUCAUCACCAAGCCCCUCCAGGCCAUCCAGUGGACGUCCAAGCGCAGGACUUCCCUCGCCAUCGUCCUGGUCUGGCUCUACUCACUGGCCUGGAGUCUGGCUCCUCUUGUUGGCUGGAGUUCAUACAUCCCAGAGGGCCUGAUGACAUCAUGUACCUGGGACUAUGUCACCUCCACCUCGGCUAACAAGAGCUACACGCUGAUGCUGUGCUGCUUCGUCUUCUUCAUCCCGCUGGGCAUCAUCUCCUACUGCUACCUCUUCAUGUUUCUGGCCAUCCGCAGUGCCGGCCGGGACCUGGAGAAGCUGGGGACGCACAUCCGGAAGUCGACGCUGGUCCAGCAGCAGUCCAUCAGGAACGAGUGGAAGCUGGCGAAGAUCGCCUUCGUGGUCAUCAUCGUGUACGUCCUGUCCUGGUCUCCGUACGCCUGCGUCGCCCUCAUCGCCUGGGCUGGGCAUGCCAAUCUCCUGUCCCCGUAUUGCAAAUCAGUCCCAGCAGUCAUCGCCAAAGCAUCUGCCGUCUACAACCCCUUCAUCUACGCCAUCAUACACACCAAAUACAGGACGACCCUGAUGGAGAACGUGCCCUGCCUGAACUGCCUGUCCCGCCCCUCCCGGAAGGACUGCCUGUCCGGGUCCAACAGCGAGGCCUCCUGCUGGGACUCCGUCAUCAGCCGCCAGGCCUCCAGCACCAGGACCAUGCUCCGCCCGGGCUCCUCCAUGUCCACCGGCAACAUGGGGUGCAGCGACGUGGAGCUGGACCCGCUGGACAGUCGGCCCCUCUCCUUCCGAAGCGGGACGUCCUGCGGCCUGUCCCGGGACAGGGACCAGAGCCAGCCCUCCCGCCUUGGCAAGGCCAAAAGCUGCUCUGCCGUCAUUGAGCAGAAGCAGCAUCAGGCCCCCGCCCUGGUGAGGGACUCGCUGAGCAGCUGCAAGCACAGUCUGGGGUCGGGCUCGGUUUCCAUGGCGAUUGCCCUCCUGCCGGGCACAGGGGGGGCAGGCCGAGGCGGCGGGAGGCAGGACGGAGAGCUGGGCGGCGGCGACGGCGGCGGCUACGCGGGAGAGAGUGGGUGGGGGGGCGCUGGCCGCAGAAAUGGGCAGAGCUCGACCGGGUCGGGCCCGGAGCCGGACAGCCCCCCCUGCUCCGGCCCCCCCCUCCCCCCAUCGCCAGAGAGCAGCCUGGCCGCCAACGUCUGGCUCGGCCACCAGAGCCUGAACUGCUCCACUGAGCUGCCGGAGUCCGAAGACAACUUCCUGUCCUGAGUCCGCGGGCAACUUCCUGUCCUGAGUCCGCGGGCAACUUCCUGUCCUGAGUCCGCAAAGACAAGGAUCCACUCGCCUCUUUUCUUUGUGAUUUUUUUAUAUAACACUGAGAAAAGUCACUUUUUCAAGCACCUUCCUGGGGGACAUGGAAGAGAAGGACCCUGGCUCCAGAUUUGACUAGAAUUUGAUACAUCAAGUUAUCCAAAGCUUUUUUUUUUUUUUGUCCUUUGAGGUAUAAAUUAGCUCAACUGCCAUAUGAAAUGGUGCCUAAAUGGUUCCUUUUUGAUGAAUUCGGACCGCGUUUUGGAGAAUUUUUAUAAUUUUUUUGCUUCUGUGAUUUUAAUAAAUGCCAGACCAGUGACCAGGAGGACGUCGCAAAGCAAUAAAGGAAUUUCCUGUGCGCCUGCUGGCCUCGACCUGUGAGCUCCUGGUUGUGUCACUGACCAGGGGUGCGUUCUCAGAGGGAGAAGGCAAGAGUGACGGCCAUUUGACAGAUGACAGAUUUGGGGCCCUUCCCCCUCCCCUCCCAGAUUUCUUCAUCAGGGCUGCCAUACCAGAACUGAAGAUCCGCAUCAAAUUGAUCUCAUACUGCUUUGCUGGAACAAGAGAAAACCACCAGCAGACGGCUCAUAAAAAGUGAUAAUGCAAAAAUGUUUUACACCAAAUCAUCAAGUUUUUAAAAGUUUUAUCCACUAGAAGUAGCACUCCAACGAAGAAGCGCUUCAACAAAGAAAACGGUGAUUUCAUUUUCUUGUACUGCCCCACUGUUGUGGACUAAUGUGAGUGCCCUGGCUCCUUACCCUUUGAACCCUAUGGGAUUAUUUACCAUUUCAUCACACUGAUGUUCUGUUCUACUUCUACGUCUCUUACUGUCUUUAUUUUAUUGCUACACCGUUGGUGAGCGCACAACAUCUGUCAUGAAGGCUCAUGAAUAUAUAAAUGAACCAGCCUAUUUUACAGUUUUCAUAGUCUUGAGUGAACACUGCCACCCACUUGUCAGGAGGACAAACGACACAAUUCCCCUACUUUUGAUGAAUGUUGCCAAUCCUUCCGAUUUUUGGAAUUCCUCCUCCUCCCUCUCAUUGUGUUGUCG